GGAUUGGUGCGCCGCUGGCGCGGCUGGUCGGUUUCGAGCGAGCGAGCGAGCUUUAAGACCUGCGAUACCCGCCCACCUCGUCCUCAUCUCACCCAUCAACAUGUCAUCACACGACGCGUACGACAAGGACGAGAAGCACAUCAAGGUCGGCGUCGAGCCCGUCCACAGCGAGGUGCGCCUCGAGCGGCGCUUCUCGUUCUUAUCGUGUCUCGGGCUCGCGUUCAUCCUCCUCAACUCUUGGACUGCCGCGACGUCUGUUCUCGUGCAGCGGCCCACCGCAACGGGCGCUCGUAAAGCUGAUGCCCACAGUGCCGAGCUCUGCCAUGUCUACCCGAUGGUCGGUGGCCAGUACGACUGGACCUACCUUAUCGCGCCGACGCGCAUGAAGAACAGCCUGAGCUUCCUCGUCGGGUGGUGCGCGACUGCCGGCUGGGUGACCCUCACAGCUACCGACUGCGGCUUCAACGCGACCUUCAUCCAGACCAUCAUCGCCAUGUGGAGCCCGAGCUUUGACAUGAAGAACUGGAUGAUUUUCCUCCUCUUCCUCGCGUUCGGCACUGGCAGCUUCCUCCUCAACACUUUCGGCAUCCGCAUCCUGCCUGCCGUCGAGGAGUCGGGCUUCUACUGGGGCGUCGGCGGCAUCGUCACCGUGUCUGUUGUGGUCCUGGCCUGCUCGCACGGCGAGUACCGCCCGGCUAAGCAAGUGUUCGGCGAGUUCACCAACGUCACUGGGUGGCCCGACGGCAUGGCGUUCCUCAUCGGCCUGCUGCAGAGCUGCCUCGGCCUCGCAGGCUACGACGCCGUCACGCACGUCCUCGAGGAGACUCCGUUCCCGUCGCGUGACGGGCCUCGUGUCAUCAUGUGGGCCGUGGGCCUUGGCGCCGUCACGUCCUGGAUCUUCCUUGUCAUCCUCGUGCUCGUCAUCAAGGACCUCGACAAGGUGAUCAGUAGCCCCGCAGGACCGCUCCUCGAGAUCUAUCUCCAAGCCACUCGCAGCCCCGCUGGCUCGACAUGCCUCGUACUCAUCAACCUCAUCGCGAUGCUCUACGCUCUCCAGAGUGUCAACACCAUCGCCUCGCGCAUGCUCUUCACCCUGUCACGCGACCGCAGCGUUGCUGGCCUGUCGCCUUAUCUCGCACCGGUCCACCUGACGCUUAAGGUCCCGGUGUGGUCCCUCGUGGCUGUGUUUGUCUGCUCCAUCGUGCUGGGCACGAUCUACCUCGGCUCCACCGUCGCCUUCAACGCCAUCGCCGGCUCGUCCAUGUUCUUCCUCAACUUCAGCUACAUUGUGCCUCUCAUCAUCCUCGUCAUUCGCGGUGAGAAGGUCUUCGACGGGCAGCCCCGGCGCUGGUCGCUCGGCCGCUGGCGACGUAUCGUCAACCUCCAAGGUCUUGCAUACCUCUGCCUAACGAGCGUUGUGUUCCUCUUCCCGCCUGCGCUUCCCGUGACCGGUACAUCGAUGAACUACAUCAUCGUGGUUGUCGUGAUCGUGUUCAUCAUGACGGGCUUGACAUGGGUGUUUGACGGCCGCAAGCGGUUCCACGGCCCGAGCCACAUCGAGGAGAGGUUGCUGGAGGGGCGGAGUAAGCCUGAUACUUAGCUCGCACUACAUAUCGCGUUGUAUCCACG